CACCGUUACAGAGGUGCUGGAAACUUUUCCAGAUUUGUCAGAUCUCCGAUAAGUUGUGUUGCCGAAAAAAAGCAUGGCUUUUUACGAGGUCUUUGAGAAAUUAAAUGAUCAGAAUAGGAAAAUCGCAUUUUACGCUGCUGGUACAGCAGUUGCACUGCUUGGACUCGGCCUUGGGUAUAAAUAUAUGUGUAAAGAGAAGAAGUUAACUCAGGUUGGAGUUGUUUCUCAGCUGUUGGUUCAUCCGAUGAAGUCUGGGAAAGCUGUGUCGGUGGAUACUGCAGAAUGCCUGCGAAUGGGACUGAAAUACGGCGAAAUGCAGGAUCGCCACUGGCUUGUCAUCACUGAAGAUGGACAUAUGGUGUCAGGCCGACAGCAGCCUCGUCUGGUGUUGGUUUCGCUGACUUGUGAGGAUGGGCAGCUCUGUCUCAAUGGACCCCAGAUGGAGGGGUUGAGGGUUCCUCUUCAGCAGCCCAAUAAUGCAGUUGUGGACUGCAGAGUGUUUAGUGUAGACGUCCAGGGCAGAGACUGUGGGGACGAAGUGUCUGACUGGCUUACUCGAUACCUGGAAUCAGACAAGAUUGUUCGUCUGGUCCAUUUUGAACCGCAUCUAAAGGCCCAGAGGCCUUCAGAGAAAGAGCCCCUGUUUCCUAAGGAUGAGAAGGUGGCCUAUCCUGAUGCAGCGCCCAUCAUGCUGAUGACUGAGGCCUCUGUUAGGGAUCUGAAUACCAGAUUGGACCAGGAGGUCACUAUCUCUCAAUUCCGUCCCAGCAUUGUGGUCAGUGACUGUGAAGCCUUCACAGAGGACACUUGGGAUCAUAUUCAGAUUGGCAAAGUGGAGAUGAAGAGAGUCAUUGGCUGUGGAAGAUGCAUUUUAACUACCGUUAACGCGGAGACCGGAGUUAUUACUCGGAAAGAGCCGCUGACCACACUCAAAACUUAUCGACUGACUGACCCCAAGCAGAAAACCUCACCAAUAUUGGGACAGUACUACACCGUCAAGAAAGCCGGUGACCUUCGUGUUGGUGAACCUGUUUAUAAGGUCACCUAUUGAAACGGGCCUGACGGGAUUGAAUGCAGAACCACA